AUGAAGCUCAAUAUCGCUCCGGCCAAGAUCGUCAGCCAGCAAUCACAUAUCGUGUAUGGCAAGAUCAAAGUGACGGAGCACUUCUUCGACGUGCCCAAAGACUACUCCAAACCAGACGCGGGCACCAUUCGCGUGUUCGCGCGCAGCGCUCGCAAACAUGAAAGCCCCAUUGUCCCCGACACGUCCAAGGACAAGCAGCAAUUGCCGCUCAUGUGCUACCUUCAAGGCGGGCCGGGCUUCGGCUGUGGACCGCCACAGCACAAUCCCUUGACGCAGACCAUCCUCGACAAGGGAUACGAGCUGUUGUAUCUCGAUCAGCGCGGCACGGGGCUUAGCACGCCCAUCACCGCCUCCACUCUGCAGAUGCGAGGCGACAAUGCGGUGCAGACGCGCUAUCUCAAGCUCUACCGAGCGGACAAUAUCGUGCGGGAUUGUGAGGCCAUUCGCAAAGCUCUCACCGCCGACUACCCCGAGGAGAAGCAAAAAUGGAGCAUUGCGGGCCAGAGCUUCGGUGGUUUCUGCAGCCUCACCUACCUCUCGUUCUAUCCCGAGGGCCUGCGCGAGAGCUUCAUCUUCGGCGGCCUGGCUUCCCUCACCGCCGACGCGGACGAAGUCUACCGACGCACGUACAAGCGCACCGUCGAACGCAACCAAGCCUACUACGCCAAAUACCCCGAGGACGUCGAGCGCGUGAAGAAGAUCAUGAACUACCUGCAGCGCUUCGGCGACGGUAAAAUCAAGCUGCCCUCUGAAGGCAGCCUCACGCGCCGCCGCUUCCAGCAACUCGGCAUCGCCUUCGGCGGGCACGGCGGGCUCGACAGCGUGCACGACAUCGUCCUGCGCGCCGCCACCGACAUCGACGCUUUCGGCCAUCUCACCCGCACUUCUCUCUCCACCAUCGACUACGCCGCGUCCUUCGACGACGCCCUCAUCUACGCCAUCCUCCACGAACCCAUCUACUGCCAGGGCGAAGGACCCGCCAACUGGUCCGCACACCGCAUCAUCUCCGACUUCCCGGCCUUCGACCUCGACAAGAAAGACGGCGCGCCCAUCUACUUCACCGGCGAGAUGAUCUACCCGCACAUGUUCGAGGACUACAGCGAGCUGCGCCAAGUGGAAGACGUAGCCAACCGCGUCGCGGCGGAGACCGACUGGCCCAAAUUGUACGAUGUCGAGCAGCUGGCGCGCAAUGAGGUGCCCGUGUAUGCGGCGGCGUACGUGGAGGAUAUGUAUGUUGAUUUCGAGCUGAGCAUGGAGACGGCGAGGCGGGUGAAGGGGUGCAAGGUGUUUGCGACGAAUGUGCUGUUUCAUAAUGCUGUGCGGAGUCGGAUGGAUGAGGUGGUGAAGCAGCUUUUUGCGUUGCGGGAUGAUGUUGUUGAGUGA